AUGGCAGCUGAUCGCGAAAUUGCUGCUGAAGACAGCAUUAGAGUCGUAUGCCGAUUUCGGCCACUCAAUGACUCCGAAGAAAAAGCUGGUUCCAAAUUUAUUGUAAAAUUCCCUUCAGGGCCGGACGAUAAUUGCAUUUCCAUAGGGGGGAAAGUGUAUUUGUUUGACAAAGUGUUCAAACCAAAUGCAACUCAAGAGAAAGUAUACAAUGAAGCUGCUAAGAGCAUUGUAUCUGAUGUGCUUGCCGGUUACAAUGGUACCAUAUUUGCCUAUGGCCAGACCAGUUCUGGUAAAACACAUACCAUGGAAGGUGUCAUAGGAGAUCCAGGAAAACAGGGUAUCAUACCAAGGAUAGUCAAUGAUAUAUUCAAUCACAUUUAUGCAAUGGAAGAAAACCUUGAGUUCCACAUUAAGGUUUCAUAUUUUGAAAUUUAUAUGGAUAAAAUCAGGGAUCUUUUAGAUGUUUCAAAAGUGAAUCUGAGUGUUCAUGAAGACAAAAAUAGAGUCCCAUUUGUCAAAGGUGCUACAGAGAGAUUUGUGUCAAGUCCAGAAGAGGUUUUUGAAGUCAUAGAGGAAGGAAAGUCAAAUAGGCAUAUUGCUGUAACAAACAUGAAUGAACACUCAUCUAGAUCCCAUUCAGUCUUCCUUAUAAAUGUCAAACAGGAAAACUUAGAAAAUCAAAAGAAACUAUCAGGCAAACUCUACCUUGUAGAUUUAGCUGGAUCUGAAAAGGUAUCUAAAACUGGUGCUGAAGGUACAGUGCUUGAUGAAGCAAAGAAUAUUAAUAAAUCACUGUCUGCUUUGGGUAAUGUAAUUUCUGCACUAGCGGAUGGUAAUAAAUCACAUAUACCAUACAGAGAUUCUAAAUUGACCCGUAUCUUACAAGAAUCUCUUGGCGGUAACGCCAGGACCACAAUUGUCAUCUGUUGUUCACCAGCUUCAUUCAAUGAGAGUGAAACUAAGAGUACCCUGGACUUCGGUAAACGAGCCAAGACUGUUAAGAAUGUUGUAUGUGUCAAUGAGGAACUCACAGCUGAGGAAUGGAAGCGUCGCUAUGAGAGAGAGAAGGAGAAGGUGGCUCGGCUUAAAGGGAAGGUUGAGAAAUUGGAAGCUGAGGUUAAUCGCUGGAGGUCCGGAGAGACUGUCCGUCCCGAGGAACAAGUCAACCUGGUUGAGAUUGAAGCAGUCACACCAGUUACUUCCUUCAUUGAAGAGAAGCCACCUGCGGCACCGGUGCCCGUGGCUGUAUCAAGCGCUGUGGAGGACGUCGCCAUGCAAGCUAAGCUGGAAGCGCUGUACCAACAGCUUGACGACAAGGACGAGGAGAUCAACCAGCACUCACAGCUCGUGGAGAAGCUCAAGGAGCAGAUGAUGGAGCAGGAGGAACUGAUCGCGUGCACACGCCGCGACUACGAAGCUCUGCAAGGAGACAUGAACCGCAUCCAGCAAGAGAACGAGGCGGCCAAGGAAGAGGUUAAAGAAGUGCUGCAAGCGCUGGAGGAGCUGGCCGUCAACUACGACCAGAAGUCACAAGAGGUUGACAGCAAGAGCAGGGAGUGCGACCAGCUGUCUGAGGACCUGCAGACUAAACAGAGCGCCCUCGCGACUGCUACAGCUGAGCUGCAACAGCUGCGUGAUCUAUCGGCUCAUCAACGGAAGCGUAUCGCUGAACUGCUCACAAAUCUACUUCGAGACCUGGCUGAGAUCGGCGCUGCGGUCGGCGGCUCGGAGUUGGACUUCAAACUGAAUGUAGACACGGUCGGGAAGCUCGAGGAGGAGUUCACGGUAGCUCGACUACACAUCAGCAAGAUGAAGAGUGAGGUGAAGAACAUCGUGCAGCGCUGUCACUCGCUGGAGUCCGCUAACAUUGACGCCAACAAGAAGAUCGAGGAGUAUGAGAGGUCGUUGGGCGAAUGUCGUCUGCUGAUCUCACAGCACGAAGCUCGUUGUGCAUCACUUGCAGAGUCGAUGCGUGAGGCGGAGAAUAAGAAACGACAGCUGGAGGAGGCCGCUGACGCCCUCAGGGAGGAGUGCGCCCGACUACAGGCGGCGGAGCGCGUGCAGCUGGCGGCCGCCGAGCAGCGCGCCGACACCCAGGUUCGUGCAGCGCUCGAGGCACAGCUGGAACAGCUGCGGACCUCACACGCCACGCAGCUGGCGGCGCUCAGAGACGAGCUGGCCGCGCUGCAGAGACACCACCAGGAACUCAAGGAUUCAUACCAGGAGCUGACCCUCGCUCGCCAACAACUCCAGGACGACUACGAAAAGCUGAAGCGCGAGGAGGCCGACAAGUCCGCCAAGCUCAAGGAGCUAAUUCAAAGUGUGGAGCGACGCGAGCAAGCCCGCGCAGAUCUCAAAGGUUUGGAAGACACCGUGGCUAAAGAGUUACAAACGCUUCAUAACCUGCGAAAGCUGUUCGUACAGGAUCUGCAGGCAAGGAUAAAGAAAUCUACGAAUUCCGAGGAAGGAGCGGAAGAAGAAGGCGGUUCCCUGGCACAGAAACAGAAGAUUUCCUUCUUGGAGAACAACCUCGAGCAACUCACAAAGGUGCACAAGCAGCUCGUGAGGGACAAUGCCGACUUGCGCUGCGAACUGCCUAAGUUAGAGAAACGAUUAAGAGCCACCAUGGAACGAGUCAAGGCAUUGGAGACAGCACUCAAGGAAGCUAAAGAGGGAGCUAUGCGCGACCGCAAGAGAUACCAGUUUGAAGUCGACAGGAUCAAGGAGGCGGUGCGCGCCAAGAACCUCGCCCGGAGAGGAGUACAGGCUCAGAUCGCAAAACCAAUUCGAGCUGGUGGCGGUCACUUGGCGGGAAGCGGCGCGGCCGGUGUGGUGCGACCAGCUCCCCAGGACAUUAAGAGAAAGUCGAUCGUGGUUGGUGCAAGAGGUAUAGAAAAAUAG